CUAGACGGUUUCCGGAUUUGCCUCCAAACGGCAGGUUGGUUUGGAGACCCCCGCCAGGUGCGGAGAGGCAGCAAGUAGCUCGAGUGAGUCCGUCAAAGCUGAACGGAUACAUGUAUUGGCUGGUUUUCCUUUCGUGGGGGUCUGCAAGCUCCUCCUCCUCUCCUGCGCUUGUUGCAGUGUGCGCGGACGCUUCGUGCGCUCUCUGGAUGCGCCGAUCAGUAGUAAGUUGAGGAGAUCAAGGAAAUCCUGUCAAUCAGAGAGGAUCGAAAGUAGAGACCGACUUCUGGCGCUUCGCUCCUGACGCAGAGGGAAACGAGGCGGAGAUCAGGCAUGGGAAACGAGUUUGUGUUUAACUGAGAGACCAAGGAUACCCAACAGCAUGCGGUGCAAUUAUGGCAGGCAAGGAUAAGACAGUCGUGAGGACGCUGGAGGAUUUAACGCUAGAUUCUGGUUAUGGUGGAGCCGCGGACUCGGUCAGGUCGUCCAGCGUGUCGCUCUGCUGCUCCGACACGCAUCAGUCCAUCCCGCAUGGAGGUAACUACUGGCAUCUGACAGAAUCCAUGCACAGCAGACACAACAGUUUGGACACAGUCAACACCGUCCUGGCGGAGGACACGGAGAUUCUGGAGUGCUCGGGACAUUCCGCCAAGCUGCCCGAGCUGGAGGAGGUGCCAUGGAGCCUCGGCGAGGUGGAGGGCGCACUGAGGAAAGACGUGGAGCUGAUGGUGGGCAACCCGCCACCGGAGGUCCUGGCGCGGCUGUCAACUCUCAUCAGCCGGGCGCUGGUGCGCGUGGCCCGCGAGGCGCAGCGGCUCAGCCUGCGCUACGCCAAGUGCACCAAACAUGAGAUCCAAAGCGCCAUCAAGGUGGUGCUGUCGUGGACCAUCUCCGUUAACUGCAUCACGGCGGCUCUCAGCGCGCUGUCCCUCUACAACAUGAGCACCGGAGACAAGUUCAGCCGAGGGAAGUCCGCGCGCUGCGGCUUGGUCUUCUCCGUGGGGAGGUUCUUCAGGUGGAUGGUGGACAGCCGAGUGGCCCUGAGGAUCCACGAGCACGCUGCCAUCUACCUGACAGCAUGCAUGGAGAGCUUGUUCAGGGAGGUGCUCACCCGCGUCCUGCGCAGCGCGCUGGUGGAGAGGGACAACGGGAUCCCAAAGAUUACGCCGGACUCCUUGGAGCAAGCCAUCAGCAACGACUCGGAGAUGUGGGGUCUGCUGCAGCCCUACCAGCACCUCAUCUGUGGCAAAAACUCCAGCGGUGUGUUGAGCCUGCCGGAGAGUCUAAACCUGCAUCGGGACCAGCAGCGGUCGGGGAGGGGCGGCGAAGGUCCCGGAUACAGCCAAGCUGAGCUACGUACGCUCGAACAGUCGCUGCUCGCCACCCGUGUAGGCAGCAUCGCCGAAUUGAGUGAUCUGGUCUCCCGGGCCAUGCACCUCCUCCAGCCACUGCACAUCAAGAACCCAAGCAAUGGGACUCCGGUUCAUCAGAAGACCAACACCACGGUCCACUGGGAGCCCGAAGCUCUCUACACCCUGUGUUACUUCAUGCACUGCCCGCAGAUGGAAUGGGAGAACCCCAAUGUGGAGCCGUCCAAAGUCACGUUACAGACAGAGAGACCGUUUCUGGUGCUCCCCCCGCUGAUGGAGUGGAUUCGGGUAGCAGUCGCCCACACUGAACAUCGGCGAAGCUUCUCCGUUGACAGUGACGACGUGAGGCAGGCCGCCAGGCUGCUGCUGCCCGGCGUGGACUGUGAACCACGACAAAUAAAAGCGGAAGAUUGUUUCUGUGCCACCAGAAAGUUGGACGCAGCCUCCACAGAGGCCAAGUUCCUGCAGGAUCUGGGCUUCAGGAUGCUCAACUGCGGACGGACAGACCUGGUCAAGCAGGCCGUUAACCUGCUGGGGCCCGAUGGCAUCAACAGCAUGAGCGAGCAGGGAAUGACCCCCCUCAUGUACUCCUGCGUCCGCGGCGACGAGGCCAUGGUACAGAUGCUCCUCGACGCCGGCGCCGACAUCAACAGCGAGGUGCCAGGCACAGUAAACAAGCACCCCUCAGUUUAUCCUGAAACGCGCCAGGCGACGCCACUCACUUUCGCCGUGUUGCACGGACACGUCCCUGUCGUGCAGCUGCUGCUGGAUAAUAGAGCCAAUGUGGAGGGCGCCCUGCAGGAUGGGGCGGAGAACUACACGGAAACGCCACUUCAGCUCGCCGCCGCAGCAGGUAACUUUGAGUUGGUGAGCUUGCUUUUGGAAAGAGGAGCCGACCCCAUGAUUGGGACAUUGUGUCGAAAUGGCAUCUCCUCCGCCCCGAUGGGAGACAUGAACUCCUUCAGCCUGGCAGCAUCACACGGACACAGAAACGUAUUUCGGAAGCUCCUGUCCCACACAGAGAAGGACAAGGGGGACGUGUUGUCCCUGGAGGAGAUCCUGGCUGAGGGUUCGGAUCCCGGUGAGAAGAGAUUGGCUCCUCAGGCCAACUGUGGCGGGACGCUGCGAACAGGAAAGGCCAGACUGAGGGCCCUGAGAGAGGCCAUGUACCAUAGCGCAGAGCAUGGCCAUGUGGACAUCACCAUUGACAUCCGCAGCUUAGGUGUUCCCUGGACAUUGCACACCUGGCUCGAGUCUCUGCGCACCUGCUUCAUCCAGAACCGCCGGCCGCUGAUCCAGGGUCUGCUCAAGGACUUCAGCUGCAUCAAGGAGGAUGAGUACACGGAGGAGCUGAUCACGCACGGCCUGCCGCUCAUGUUCCAGAUCCUCCGAACCAGCAAGAAUGAGGUGAUAGGCCAGCAGCUGUCAGUCAUUUUCACACAGUGCUACGGGCCCUUCCCCAUCCCCAAACUGACAGAAAUCAAGAGGAAGCAGACGUCACGUCUGGACCCGCACUUCCUGAACAACAAGGAGAUGUCUGACGUCACCUUCCUGGUGGAGGGGAAACCGUUUUAUGCACACAAGGUGUUGCUGUUCACAGCUUCACCCAGGUUCAAGUCUCUGCUCCAGAACAGACCGGCAGCAGAAAACACCUGCAUCGAGAUCAGCCACGUUAAGUACAACAUUUUCCACCUGGUCAUGCAGUAUCUGUACUGCGGCGGCACCGAGUCUCUGCACAUACGCAACACUGAAGUGAUGGAGCUCCUGUCUGCAGCCAAGUUCUUCCAACUAGAGGCCCUUCAGAGACACUGUGAGAUCAUCUGCACCAAGAACAUCACCACGGAAACCUGCGUGGACCUUUACAAACACGCCAAGUUCCUUGGUGCUUCGGAGCUAACGGCUUUCAUCGAGGGCUACUUCCUGAAGAACAUGGUGCUGCUGAUUGAACUCGACAACUUCAAGCAGCUUCUGUACGAACCUCCCCCCGCUGAGAGCCCCGCCUCCAGUCCCGGCAUCUGCUCCGACAUCCUCCAUGACCUGGAGAAGACGUUGGCCACUCGCAUCCACUCCAUCCACCUGUCCACCUCUAAGGGCUCUGUGGUGUGACAUCCUUCACCCUCCAGAGCCCUCCGAUCCAGCCGCAGCAUCGAUGUAACCCCACUUUCAGAAAAAUGCAGACCCGCCAUCUCCAACCCCGUCCACCUGUCCUGGUCCCACUUGUGAAGCAGAGCUCUAGAGGUUUUUAUUCUAGGAAUUCCCUUUAAUGUGUGUGACUCUGUUUUAUUGUUUUGCUUUAAUUCCCGUCCACUCCCACUGUUCACUAAAACUGAAACCGAUGCAUUUCACAUAAAACACAUGCAUGAAAUGCAUAAUUGACCUUUUCCACUGAGAAAAGAGAGCCGGUUGCAGCUUUGAGGCUCUCUCCGGAGACGGCCUGCAGGCCUGAAGCGGCUCCGGCGACCCAUUCGAAGUGGUUCGUAGCAAUGCCACGAGGCAGACUCUGUAGGUGGACUUCUCUAACCUUCGUUCUGUUGGACAUGCUUCACUGUGUUAUCUGCCGUGUGCAGGAGCCAAUCUGAUCACAGGAACUUCCGCUGCUGCGGUGCUGAGUCAAACAAACGCGCCCGCUCUAUGCUGACAGAUGUCCAACUGGGAAAUUAACUUGUGAUAACCUUCUUUUCUGCAUGACACCUCCCAACUGAGCUGCCAUUGUGUUGCUUUUUAUGCAUAGCUUACUUCAUGGACCUCUUUUUUUUUUUUUUUUACCAGAAAGCAAAUGAAAUCGCUGCUUAUUCAAUUUCUAUCUGCGCCCAUCAGAGCAGGGUUCGGAGAGCGACAGCAGGGGCUUUGUCCGAAAGGAAAAACAACGUGUAAAUAUGAUUCAUCAAACUGGUUGCUCCUGUUCUCUUUUUUUGUAAACGGAUGUAUAGAAUCCUCCCACACCUGCUUGGCCGAUGGCACCACUGAACGUGCUCCCUGCUGUGUGUCCUGGUAUGCAACGUUGCAUGUUUUAAUCUGUUUGUAUGACCCCCGUGUUUUUGCUUUAGGCGUGCUCUUUUGUGUACAGCGUGGGGCGGAGUGGGACGUCGAUGGUUCCCGUUGAAGUGUCUGUACCUCUGAAACAUUCCAAUGGAUGGGGAGACGCAUGACGGCCUGCGCUGAGUUUAGCGGAGGAGUCCUUAAGACCUGGAAUCUGUUAGUCUGUGAGCAGAGUGGCGAUGCUCAUCUAGAUUACACUUGUAAUUUGAUCCAAUCUCACUCGCUCGCGCGUCUUCCUAUCAGAUUAUUCCUCAUCGGCCAUUGGGCAAGAGGCAGGGGACACCCUGGACAGGUCCAGUCCAUUACAGGGAGUCUCCAGUUGACUUGACAUGCAUGAUUUUAGUCUGUGGGAGGAAACCAGAGAAUUUAGAGAAAACCCACACGUCCAUGGGGAGAACAUGCUAACUUCACGCAGAAAGGCUGCAGGUGGGAUUUGAACCUACAACCUUUUCACUGAGGGGCAGCAUGGCUGCCAGCCCUCGAUCCAAUCCGAGUACAGAUGUUAAACCGACCUCUCCAAAAACAUCUGAAACAAACAAAAAAAGGUUUGGUCGAGGAAGAAGCAUGGACGUAAUUUUCACUUUAGAAGUGGGG